AUGCCCGCCACCGACCUCGACGCUGCACUGGCCGCUAUUGCGACACUGGAAACGCUCUCGGAUAAGCAACAGCGGGCCUUGAGCAGUAUCCAUGUCAUUCGGCGCAAUGGAGAGCCAUUCGUCGACGUGCACGACUUGUUUGCCCUCUACGACGUCCUCUACUUUCGAAAUCUUCUCCUAUCCCGUGUCCAAGUCAUUUGGUCGCCUCGUCUAACGCUCUGCGCCGGAAUCUGUGAAUUGUCCAAGGACCCCGAAAGCGGCAGCUUCACCCGCAUCCGCCUCAAGCUGAGCACGCCGCUGCUACAGUACCGUCCACGCGACGACACUAUCAACACUUUGCUACAUGAAGCUAUACACGCCUACUUUUUCAUCGCCACCUCCUGGAGCCACUCACGCGGAGACGGAACAGGCCAUGGACCAGGCUUCCAGCUGCUUGCAGACGCCCUUAACAACCACGGCAACUACGCUGUCACAAUCUACCACACCUUUCACGAUGAAGUCGAGAGCUACCGGACCCAUGUCUGGCAGUGCAAUGGGCCUUGCCAGACCCAGCCGCCGUACUUUGGCCUAGUCAAACGUAGCAUGAACAGAGCCCCGGGCAGGAGCGACACGUGGUGGGAGAGACACCAGGCCGAAUGCGGAGGCGCCUAUACCAAAAUCCAGGAACCUGCGCCCACAAAGAAGCAGCUGGAUGCUAUGAGCGCCAAGGAGCGAGCAGGCAAACAGAAGAACAAGCUUGACAGCUGGAUUACAGUCGGAGCUAAGAAAGGGACCGCAACUGAAGGUGACACUUCCGGUCGGUCCAUCGACGCUAGCACAGAGGAUAAAACCUCGACGGCUGUAUCGAGUCGUGGGAAGACGGCGACAUCGAGCAUCGGAGACGUAGUUUCCCCAGCUUCUGCUUCUACAUCUUCGCAAGCAACACAAAAACGGCAACGAUCAGACACAGACGGCGACCCAGUCACGCAGAAGAGGCUGUUGGUCAAUUGCCCAAUCUGCAAUCUUAGAAUGGCAGAGUCGGAUAUCAACGAGCACUUAGAUGCAUGUGCGAUACAAGCCUGA